AUGUCACCAAGUCACGAUUUGUGGCGAUGUGGGCUGGCUGACACGAGAGAUAUGACAUAUUUAUAUAAUACGGAAAAAGAGAGGAAGCAGAAGUUGGUCUACGAAGAAGUUGCAGCGUCUAGAUGGGCACGGGAAGAUGGAAGAGAAAGGGAAGAAGCAUUCCGGUUCUUUGAUAUUAAAAUCCAACUUCUCACCCCCCCCCGCUAUAUAGCCAUUGAUGAGACGCUUAUGAUUAUGCAGGAGGUUCAUCUAAUAAUGCUUGUCCUCCUCUGGCAAGAGAGCGGUUACGCCCUGUCGUACAUGGCGCUGCGUGGUACACGCUUCGACCCUGAUGGGAGCAGUUCGUCUGAUAUCAUUGCUUUCAAGUUCAUGGCAGGGCGACAAAAAGAUCACAUAAAGCCCACAGUCAAGACAAGUCAUUUAUAUAGACUAUUCAUCAAGGAGUCUUGGGAGGCAGGGUCCCUGGCCUCUUCAGAUCAUGCACAUUGGCGGACAUGGGGUUCUGCAUACCAACACACGACCUCGACAAAGGGGAGAAAUACAUAUUAUAUCUCGACUCUGCAAAAGCGAAGGGGAGAUGCAGUAGUUUAA